GUCUGUCUUGGAUCUGGGACUUCGGAUUGGCUCAGGCUCAAGUUGUUCGUCGGAGUGGGCGCCGGGGCCCGCCCCGCGCGAGCGAUUGGCCAUCUGGGCCAGGCGCGCGCGGUGAUUGGAGGGGGUCCGGGCCGGGCCGCAGGCGGGGCCGGAAGGUGACCGGCAUCAUGGCGUCCCCGCCGCCGCUGCGGGACCGUCUGAGCUUCCUGCACCGGCUCCCGAUUCUUCUGAAAGGAACGUCAGAUGAUGAUGUGCCGUGUCCGGGCUACUUGUUUGAGGAGAUCGCUAAAAUCUCCCACGAGUCCCUAGGCAGCAGCCAGUGCCUCCUGGAGUACCUUCUGAACCGUCUGCACAGUGGCUCCGGCCGAGUGAAGCUCAAGGUGCUGAAGAUCCUGCUCCACCUGUGUGGUCACGGCUCCUCGUCUUCCCUGCUCAUCCUCAAACGCAACCCCGCCUUCAUCCAGGAAGCUGCAGGUGCUGGGAUACACCCAUACCCUGACAUCACUGUCGGCCCUUCACGGAAGGCAGGGCUGAGUGAGGGUAGGCGCUCAGGGCCCAGGAGAGCAUCACUGCACAAAACUCACACGCUGCCCCAGGUGUCUGUCGGGGCCUGCGCUUGUCCCGUGUUCUCAGGCCCCCCGGAUCCUCUCCAUGGGAACAGCUUGUACCAGAAGGUGCGGGCGGCUGCCCAGGACUUGGGGAGCGCCCUGUUCUCUGACACCUUGUCACCUCCACCUCCCUCCCAGCCGCCCAGGGCCCUGCCUCCAGCAGGCAUGGGCUCGCAGUCCAGACCCCAGAGCGCCCUCCAGGGCUUCGGCUACAGCAAGGAACGGGGCCACACAGGCUCUGCGGGCGAGGGCUUUCUCUCUACCAUUCAGAAGGCUGCAGAGGUGGUGGCCAAUGCUGUGCGCCCUGGGCCCGAGAGCCCCAGCACCCAGAGGUCCCUGCCGCGGGGUGAUGCCUACCAGCCUGCCAUGACGCCUUCAGCCGGCCACGGUGGCCUGGCUGCUGGGAAGCUGCUCUCCGGAGCCCGCCCGGGUGCCCGAGGAAGUGUCCUGAGACCCCAGCCUGGGCAGGCUGGAGGGGGCUGGGACGAGCCAGACAGCAGCUCCAGCUCCCAGACUUCCUCCCAGGAGAACGGCGACCAGAGCAAGGCCUCGGACUCAGGCAGUCGGUCGGGCAGUGAUAGUCCCUCGGUGGCCAGCCAGGCACCCAGCGACCUGGCAGAGCGGGUUGAGGCCGUGACCCUGAGCGACUGCCAGCAGGAGCAGAGCCUGGUCCAGACUGUGACGCGUGGGCCACGUGCCUUUCUGAGCCGAGAGGAGGCGCAGUGCUUCAUCAAAGAGUGUGGGUUGCUCAACUGUGAGGCCGUGUUGGAGCUGCUGACCCGCCACCUGGACGGGCCCAGCGAGUGCGUGCAGAUGAGAGCCCUGGGGGCCAUUGCAUCCCUGGGGCGCACCGACCUGCUCUCCCAGGAGCACAUCCUGCUCCUCACGCGGCCGCGGCUACAGGAGCUCAGUGCAGGCAGUGCCGGACCUGUGACCAACAAGGCCACCAAGAUCCUGAGGCACUUGGAGGCCUCCUGCCGACAGCGGCCCCCUGCCCGGAGGCCCCCAGCUGAGCCGGGCCCCACUGCUGCGCGUGUGGGCCCAUCGGACCUGCUGACUGACGCCGUGCCUUUCGCUGGGAGCCAAGCCUUCCUGCAGCCUCUGAGUCCCACCCUCUUCCCGCCCAAGGGCUCUACGCUCCCUCCUCCCCCGGAUGGCUCCUCCUUCUCAGUCCCCGGGGAUGCCAGGGAGGUGGAGAGCAGACUGGCGGGUUCCAGAGAGCAGGGGGCCCCAUCUGAGUGGAGCCCGUUGGGCACGGGCUCCCCAAAAGGAGCACCAGAACUUAGCCUGGGGCCCAGCAGCUGCCUGCAGAGCCCGGCGGCCAACGGCAGCUGCAGCUCCUUGUUUGCUGGAAUGGAGCUGGUGGCUUGUCCCCGCCUGGUGGGGGCCGGGACUACCACAGAAGGGGCCCCCCAGGCCCCCUGGACAUUGUCACAGAAGGUGGCAGUGAGAGAGCCUCCUGGCCCAGAGCCGUCAGCUUUCCCGUUUCUAAACUCGUGACCUGGCCAGCCUGGGCCACACGUGGAGUCCUCAUGGCCCCCGACCUCUAACUCCCAGGACCCUGUGACUUUGUGCUGUCCCGUUUGCCCACAGCCCCCAUGUUCUACCAGGAGUGGUUCCCCUUGGGCGUCUGCAGCGGCCUUGCUUUCCCUCCGGCUGCUUCCCCUCGCUCGCAGAGGACGAGGGACAGGCGGCUCAUGAGCCGAACGAACAGCCACUCGUCAAGCCUGGAUGAUACGCCAGGAGUCCACCAGCCAGAUGGAGCCAGGCCACACCGUGCAAAGGAGUCCACGGGGGCCUGCUCCCAAACGUUUUCCUGUAGGCGAAGACGGACCCCCCUCACACACGGGCCCUUGUGGGCGUGGUGGCCGCAGGGAGAGCCGUGCCGGUUUCUAGGCAGAGUUAGGAGCUGAGUGGCUUGUUCUGAUGGGCAGCUGGGGGGCCUGGACUGCUCGGGUAGGGUGAGCACGCCAUCUGUGUGGCCCCAUCUGCAAACAGGCCCCUCUCCCCGCGGCCAGAGGGAUGGGAAGCAGGAGCCGUGGGGCAGAGGGUGCAGCAUGGCCUGCCUGGACGGGACAGGAGGGGAAGCCUGGCUCCUCACUCAGCACACUCACGGGCACAUGGAGAGGGGCACCCAGCUCCUCUGUGGGGGACGCAGGAGGAGGAGACUUGAGCCCAGGCAGUGGCCCUUGCCAAGCUGCUACGGUUUCCAGGCGACCACAGAGAGGAGGGUGUGGGCCGCCUUGGUUCCCCCCUACGUCCCCUGUACCAGAGGCUAGCUGUUUGGACUUGAAUCCCUGUAGAGCAGGCAGGCUUACAGCAGGGCCUCAGCAGUGUGGACCUCUGGCGUCCCCUGGAGACCCGCGCCUGCCUCGCAGAAACAAGGCUUUCUGUGGAUGUGGAACCACUGCUUGGGUCUUUAUGUUCGAGCUCAGAUCACUGCCCCCUCGGUGUCCUGCUUCCUGCAGACUACCCGGGGCGGUCACACCACCUAAACGUCCUCAGUAAACGCUAGCGUUCCCACAGCCACGCCGACGUUGUUCCUUCCUGUGUGUGUGUGCGUUCCAGUGACAACACCAUUAAGGGGCUCACUUAGAGGACUUCUUUUGUCCUGUCAGAAAAUGCUGGGGAGAACAAGCCAGCGGGGCCGUCUGGUCCUUCAAUGUUAACUGUGAGGUUUUAACUAUGAAAUUAAGUUUCUGAAGCAGGUGCAGGGCUCUUCAGGUUCUCUCUUCCCACGUGAGUGUCAGGAAUUUGUCUUCCACGGAGCUGGUUCGUUCCACAGAUGCCGGCUGUCUGUAGGAUCCUUCAUUGUUCAUGUUGAUGACUUUUUCCCACUCUUGGUUAGUCUGAUUAGAAGUUUGUUAAUAAUUUUUUCAAAGAACUAAACCUUUGGUAUUAUUUUUUCUAGUGUUUUUAUGUUUUGUAUUUCAUUGCUGUUUGCUCUUUAUUAUUUCUCCCUACUGUUUUGGGUUCAUUUUUUCUUUUUAUUCUAGUUUCUUUAAGGUGGAAGCUUAGAUGAUUGAUUUGAGACCUUUAUUAUUUUUCUAACAUUAAAAAUUUUAAUGCUGUC